UGAGAAUGAAACACCCGUAUCAUCCUCUACAAAACGGCAUGGAAAACGACCCUGAGGUUGCUUUUAGCAUUAAUCAGAGGGAUACAGAAUCGACAGAGAAUAAUUGCAAGAUGCCGAAUGGAAAUGGAAUCGAACCGAAAAGGAUGAGAUACCCGUUUUGUGUCGUUUGGACGCCAAUCCCAUUUUUGACGUGGUUGUUCCCUUUCAUCGGUCACAUGGGUAUUGCAACGUCACAGGGAAUCAUCAGAGAUUUCGCUGGUCCUUAUUAUGUCUCAGAGAAUGACAUGGCUUUUGGUAGACCUACCAAAUACUGGAUUCUGGAGUCGUCACAAGUUAAACCAGGAACGUGGGACACGUCUGUUCAUGAAGCAUCGGAGGAAUAUAAAUCUAGAAUGCAUAAUCUUUUUUGCGACAACUGUCACUCGCACGUUGCCAUGGCUCUCAAUCUGAUGAAAUACAAAGAGAGCACGUCGUGGAACAUGAUCAAACUCUGCUUUCUCAUGCUGAUCCAUGGAAAAUACGUUGGAUUUGGUGGAUUUUUAAAGACGUGGCUUCCCGCGGUCAUCUUCUAUGGAACCCUGAUCACCCUCAUCGUGGUAUUCUCGUAGAACCUCCGCUGCCCCACCCAGAAACCUUUGUUACCCCACUCCGAAAAACCUCAAAAUUCAACCCUAUCGGUGUACCCCUGAGCUUGGAUCAUGGAGGAAAGAGUUUCUAACCUUUGAGAAAAUCCACUUGUUGGUUGUUAUAUUUUUCAGAGAUGCCAGUUCUCAGGCAAAAGCUGGAAUUCAGGCCCUGGCUAGUUAUUUUCAGGCCAUAGUUUAGGCUUUUUUGUCUACAGAAUAGCUCAUUCUAGGUGAUUUUCAGGCCCACUGAUCAAUUCAACUGGCAUCCCUGAUUUUUGUUAAAGACCAACAAAUGGGGAUCACACAUACCGUACUACUACUACUGCUUCAUAAUUUGGGCCCUGUGUACAUAAAAACUUGUCAUCAAUGACAUAUGCUAGAAAUUCUAUGACAGAUUUGCUCUCAGUCAAUCAAAUGCAAUGAAUUCAGGUAUUGUAACUUGUUAUUACGAACAAGUACUAUGAAGCAGGGUCCAGAUUGUAGCAAUAGGGCAUAAAAGAUGGAAAAUCCAUGAUUUUGAAGUGAGCUUUCUCAUCGUUCCUCAUCAAAUCCAAACCAAAAUUUUAUAGCAUUGCACAUGUAUUUGUACAGGAGAUAUGAUGGCUCAGUGGUAGUGCAAUGGAUCCAUAAAAAAGGCUUACAGGAUUCAAAACCAAGUCGAUAUGCUGAUGUCCUUUUGUAAGGCAUUAGUCCUAAGUUCCUUCUGAAAAUAUUCAAGCCCCAAAUCUACUGAUUGCUUUCUUCAA